AUAUUUGCUAUUACUAGAUAUAUAUUUGCUACUUUUUGUAACAAAAAGGCAUCAUUGUUUGCAUAAUGUUGUAGGAGAUGCUAGGUUUAUUCGUUUCUCAACGGGCAUAAAAGAAAUCUAUUACGAUGUGUUACUACAUAUAAAUACGAUUAAUAUUUUUUCACAUCAAAAGAAGAUGGAUGAAUCUUCGGCUGAUAACAACAGGUCGAGCACGCCUACGGCUGGAAAUGAUAGUGUACUUCCGCGCCGAAAAUUGGUAGUAGAUACAGGUGCUUACAACCGUUCAACCUACAUAGAUCGCAGUGGUGAUGAAAUAUAUGCAACCAGUGGCAUCAUCAAGGAGAUAGGGCGUUACAGGGAUAAGAAUCCAACUGGCGCUCAUAUUCGUAACGUUUUCAACUUAAUAGAACGUAAUCCUCUGGACAGUGAUAUUGCCACUGUGAAAAGGUUUGCUGCUCUUACGGGUGAUUUGCUUACACUUUCGCCAAAUGACAUUGGUUGCAUAGCUUUGACCUAUCGCUUACAGUUGGAGACUGGAGAUACCUCGAAUUUGAGGUCAGAACCUCUUCCUUUAUCAUUCACCAAAAUUAACAACAAAAGUGGUGAAUUAUCUGUAGCAGAUUCAAAAAGUAAGGGUGGUAAAAGUAAACCUAAACCUAAGAAACGGGACGAUAACCCUUCUACGGGUUUUGAUUGCUGGAUUACCCCGGAGAAUGUACAUAGCUACAACAUCAAGACUAACUCAACUGGAUCUCACCAGAGUGUUGCCUGCAUGACGACAGAUUUCUCCAUGCAAAACGUUUUGAUCCAUAUGGGAUUGAAUGUGGUUACAUUAGAUGGGUUUGCUGCCAAGAGUGUACGGAGCUGGGGACAUAUAUGCCGAGCAUGUUUCGAUGUUUAUCCAAAUACAUUACGUCAAUUUUGCGAGAAUUGUGGUAAUGCUACUGUCGACCGCGUACCGUUGGUGGUAGAUGGUGAUACAGGCGAGGUGAAGGUCAAGGACACCCGAAAGUGGAUUAACAAUCGCGGCACAAUUUAUACGCAACCUAAGCCAGUAACUGGAAAGAGCAAGCAAAUGUAUAUAGUUGCUGAGGAUCAGCUGAUGUUGCCACGUUAUGGCCAUAUAAUUCGCGAGAUGAACCGAAAGACUACAUCAGAUAAUGUAUCACAUUUCAAUACUGAUGAUGGCAAGAUCGGACCGGAACUUGGAGGCAUUGAUAAGAAGUUACCAGCUCUAAUUCGUGUCCCUGUAGGACUUGGUCGUGGCAAUCCGAAUUCAAACAAGUGGAUGCAGAAACAUAAACGUUUACUUCGUGAAUAAUCUACACAUUGAUUUAUACA